AUGGCACGCUCGCCUCCAGCUCCUGGCAGUGAUCUCGCUGUGCCCCAACUGGCCGAUUUUAAUGGAAUGCCAGCAGACCUCUCCUUGUCUGGAGGGCCUUUCUGGCUUCUCGAGACUCCACACCACCGUGCUGGCGAGAAAAAGGACGACCCUUGCGUGAUGACGGCAACGAAUAUGGCUUUGAUUCAUAAUUGCUGGAUACGUGCGCUGAACGGGUUAUAUGUUCACGCUCCAUCAGUUCGCCCCACUGAAUUCAAGAACUUCGUUGGCUAUGCAUCUCGGGUCUAUGCCGCCAUCAAGAAGCACCACGACCAAGAAGAGGAGCUCGUCUUCCCAUUGAUUGAGGAAUGGACCGAGGCAGGGGGUUUGAUGAGCGCGAACGUUAAACAACACGAAGCAUUCGAACACCCCUUCAAAGUUUGGGGCUCUCAUCUCUUCGAAAUGCUGGAAUCUGGGACGACAUCAUCAUUCAACGCAUCGAAAUUCCGCGACCAAAUUGACGCUUUCGCAGUUCCUCUCCAGACACAUCUCGUAGACGAAAUCGUAACACUUGAAAGGCUGGAUCAGUACCCCAAUUGCGAUAUUUUAGCCUUGGGAAAGAGGAUGGAGGAAGAAGCCGUCAAGCACAUGGAAAUCUCGGAGCUUCGCGACAAUUUACCGGUGCUGCUACUCAACCACGACAUCACGUUCGAGAAUGGCGCUCACGCGACCUGGCCUCCUCUGCCUUCAUUGAUGGGCUUUGCCAUACGGCGUCUGGCUACUUUCUGGCAUCCUGGUUACUGGAAAUACACGACCUACAGUGCCUCGCAAUCACCCAGGGACUUUGAGGCUGCAAAGAGUUGA